AAGCCGCCGCGAAGCAGCCGCUGCGUCCCCAGCGGAGCCCGGGCGGGGAAGGAGCAGCGGGGCCCGCGGGCUGGACCGGGGCUGACGCAACGUCCGCGCGGGGAUCCACCUGGCCGGGCUGCGAGCCGGCCCCGGGCGGCAUGGAGAAGCUCUCUCCUGCGCUGCCUGUGGACUGAAUCACUUGGUGCCGACGUGUCCGUGCCAGCCGGGGUGCAGCCAGCGAGACGGAGAGUGGGCAGGCGGGAGCCCCCGUGGCGGGCUGCACAGAACACGCCCGAGCCCCCAGCCAUGGCGGAUAAAUGCAGCGGGGGGUUACUGAACGGCGCCGUCCCCGGGGAGGCCACCAAGCGAGACGAAAAUGUGAAACGGGGCAACUGGACCAACCAGAUUGAGUUUGUGCUGACGAGUGUGGGCUACGCCGUGGGGCUGGGCAACGUGUGGCGCUUCCCCUACCUCUGCUACCGCAAUGGGGGAGGAGCCUUCAUGUUCCCCUACUUCAUCAUGCUGGUCUUCUGCGGCAUCCCCCUCUUCUUCAUGGAGCUCUCCUUCGGGCAGUUCGCCAGCCAGGGCUGCCUCGGCGUCUGGAGGAUCAGCCCCAUGUUCAAAGGCGUGGGCUACGGGAUGAUGGUGGUCUCCACGUACAUUGGCAUCUACUACAAUGUGGUGAUCUGCCUGGCCUUCUACUACUUCUUCUCCUCCAUGACGCGGGUGCUGCCCUGGACCUACUGCACCAACCCCUGGAACACGCCCGACUGCACCGGGGUGCUGGACGCCACCAACGGCUCCGCCGCGCCGCCCCUCAACCUCACCCAGCUCCUCAACCACACGCUCAAGCGCGCCAGCCCCAGCGAGGAGUACUGGAGGCGGUACGUGCUGAAGCUCUCGGACGACAUCGGGAACCUGGGCGAGGUGCGGCUCCCCCUGCUGGGCUGCCUGGGCAUCUCCUGGGUCGUCGUCUUCCUCUGCCUCUUCAAGGGCGUCAAGUCAUCAGGAAAAGUGGUGUAUUUCACUGCCACCUUCCCCUACGUGGUGCUCACCAUCCUCUUCGUGCGCGGCAUCACCCUGGAGGGCGCCGUCACCGGGAUCAUGUACUACCUGACGCCCCAGUGGGACAAGAUCCUGGAUGCCAAGGUCUGGGGAGACGCUGCCUCUCAGAUCUUCUACUCGCUGGGCUGUGCCUGGGGCGGGCUCAUCACCAUGGCAUCCUACAACAAGUUCCACAACAACUGCUACAGGGACAGCAUCAUCAUCAGCAUCACCAACUGCGCCACCAGUGUCUACGCCGGCUUCGUCAUCUUCUCCAUCCUGGGCUUCAUGGCCCAGCACCUGGGGGUGGACGUCUCGCAGGUGGCCGACCACGGGCCCGGCCUGGCCUUCGUGGCCUACCCUGAGGCCCUGACGCUGCUGCCCAUCUCGCCCCUCUGGUCCGUCCUCUUCUUCUUCAUGCUCAUCCUGCUGGGGCUGGGCACGCAGUUCUGCCUGUUGGAGACGCUGGUGACGGCCAUUGUGGACGAGGUGGGGAACGACUGGAUCAUCCGCAGGAAGACGUUUGUGACGCUGGGCAUGGCCGUGGUGGGCUUCCUGCUGGGCAUCCCGCUCACCACCCAGGCUGGGAUAUACUGGCUCCUGCUGAUGGACAAUUACGCCGCCAGCUUCUCCCUGGUCAUCAUCUCCUGCAUCAUGUGCGUCUCCAUCAUGUACAUCUACGGCCACCGGAACUACUUCAAGGACAUUGAGAUGAUGCUGGGCUUCCCGCCCCCCCUCUUCUUCCAGAUCUGCUGGAGGUUCUUCUCGCCCGCCAUCAUCUUCUUCAUCCUGGUGUUCACGGUGAUCCAGUACCGGCCCAUCGCCUACAACACCUACGUCUACCCGCCCUGGGCCAUCGGCAUCGGGUUCCUCAUGGCGCUGUCCUCCGUGCUCUGCAUCCCGCUCUACGCCGUCUACAAGCUCUGCCGCGCGGAAGGGGACACGCUGCUCCAGCGUUUGAAAAAUGCCACUAAGCCCAGCCAGGACUGGGGCCCGGCGCUGGCUGAGCACCGGGCCGGGCGCUACGCCCCCGCCCCCAGCCCCCGCCUGGAGGUGCAGCUGCUGAACCCCGAGAAGCCGCGGAGCGAGGACGUCGCCCUCCCGGGGCAGGGCAGCAACGGCUCCGCCCACAGCCAGGACUCCAGACUGUGACCCCGCCCCGCCCUGCUCGGUGGCGCACUGCAGUGCCCCCUGCACCGGGCACCGCCGGGGGCUCCCCGUGUGUGCGUUCCCCCCCUGCUCCCCUCCCCACGGUGUGUUACCCCUCGUGUUUACAGUAGGGUCCCGCAGCUGGGCCCAGCGCACCGCCGGCAAGAGGGGAGCGGCUGCCCAGCCCCAGCCCGCCCGCGGGGGGGCCGCUCGGCAAGGGCCGAAGGAGCCGUGGAGGGCGGGUGGACCUGGGGGAGCAGUAGGAGCCCAGGGGCAGCUCGGCCCCUGCCCAGCCCGUGAUGGGUACAGGGAAGCCGGGGCCCACGUGUCCUGGGCUGGGGGCCAGGGGCUCCCAGCUGCCACAGGGGCCGUGCAGAUGGGGCUCUGGGAGGAGGGGGCCCAGGAGACCAGCUGCCAGGGCCAGGGGGCGCCAGCCCCGCUGUGGAGGGGCAGUGAA